AUGGUCCAGCCAUACCCCAAGCCCCUGGCGCCGCAGGCCGACCUGGGCGUGUUCAAGGCCUUCUGCCGCAAGAGCAUCACGACGCUCGAGCUCAAGCACAAGCUGUUUUCCUUCUCCGGUGACGACGCAGUCGUGACCGACAGCACAACCGGCGACGUCGUGUUCAAGUGUUCCGGCCAGCUGCUGAGCGGCGGCGGGCGGAGGGUCGUCACCGACGCGGCGGGCAACACGCUCUAUUCGCUCUCGCGCCAGGUCUACCACGACGCGCUUCUGCACGACGUGCCGUUUGUCGCCGAGGACGGGGUGGGGAAGGAGGUGUUCGAGGUCCGCGGUUUGGCGUGCAUCCGCGCCGCAGCCCGAGCCACCUUCCCCCGCCCCACCGACGGCCGCACGCAGACCCUCUUCCUCAAGACCGACGCCAGCUGGGGCGGGUACAGCGACGUCGUGACAGAGGACACGGGGGUGUGCGUCGCGCAGAUCUGUCCCGAUCUGCUCGAGGUGCGGCAUUUGAUCGAGGACAGGCAGACUUACUACCUCGUCAUUGCCCCCGGCGUCGACAUUGCCCUCGUCACCGCCAUGGCCAUCUGCUUUGACGAGCUCAAGAACAAGGGCGAGUGGAACGGCACGUACCGCGGCAUCACGCUGUCCAAGACUGGCGGCAUCGUGUUGUGA